AUGCUCUUGGCAACUGAAUCACUCGCUCUCCAUGUCCUGGACAAGCCGCCACAUGCCGAUUACGAAUACUACGAUGUACCUCAGCUGCCCCCUGCACCUACCCGCUAUCCAUCAAAGACUGGGAGGCCGUAUAAGUUUGACUACAACAUCGCCGACCACGAGGGCAACCAGCAGUAUCGAAUCGAAAGGGCGGACGCACAAAACACGAAGACAGGCGCAUACGGAUACAGAGACGUCAACGGCGUCUUCCGUCACGUGAACUACAUUGCAGACAGAUAUGGCUUCCGCGCUGUUGUGAACACGAACGAGCCUGGCACAGCCCCUAUGGACUCUGCUGACGUCGUCUUCAAUGCAGCUCCCAUCAAAGUUCUUCCUGUUAAGGCGCCGCAGCAUACAGUAGCUGCCCAAAACAUUUGGUAUGCAGGCGUCGCAAAAGAGUAUGGUGGACGCUACGGCCUCCGGAACGGCGUCACUACCACUUCUAAUUAUCCCGAGCAGAGACGACCUCACAUUGAUGUUGACCACAUCGGUUAUGAGGAUGCACCAUUGAACUCCGAUUAUUACUACGAGUAG